GGCACAAAGAGUCAUUACGGAGGUUGACUUUAUCUUGAUAACAUGUCUUCAUCUUCAGAUGACGAAGAUAACAUGUCUUCAUCUUCAGAUGACGAAGAUAGCAUGUCUUCAUCUUCAGAUGACGAAGAUAACAUGUCUUCAUCUUCAGAUGACGAAGAUAACAUGUCUUCAUCUUCAGAUGACGAAGAUAGCAUGUCUUCAUCUUCAGAUGACGAAGAUAACAUGUCUUCAUCUUCAGAUGACGAAGAUAACAUGUGUUCAUCUUCAGAUGACGAAGAUAACAUGUCUUCAUCUUCAGAUGACGAAGAUAACAUGUCUUCAUCUUCAGAUGACGAAGAUAACAUGUCUUCAUCUUCAGAUGACGAAGAUGCGCUCGCUUUGCUGCAACUCAUUAAUAUGCGGGACAGGCGACGAAACGACGUGCGCGUGCACGUUGAGUAUAAUUAACAACGUGCCGUUUACGUACAUUUUGUGACGCGUUUUGAAGCAGCAAGAUGCCUGCACCUUACGCCUUUUCUGUGUUUCGCGCCUAUGCAAUAAAUAAUAAACAACUAUAGUCGUAAAACACAUAAGCAUAUUUGAUUAUUGUCAUAAUUAAACACGUUUAAAUCGA